GGCUGGCGGCGGCUGGCUGGAUGCGAGACCUGCGCGGACCCGGCGGCGGACGGCGGCUCUCGACUCCGGGAAGCGGCUCGCGCGGCAGACAAGCCCGAACGCGCUGGCCAUGGCCUCCAACUUUAACGACAUCGUCAAGCAGGGCUACGUGAAAAUCCGCAGCAGGAAGCUGGGGAUUUUCAGACGAUGCUGGCUGGUUUUCAAGAAGGCUUCCAGCAAAGGACCCAGAAGGUUAGAAAAAUUUCCAGAUGAAAAGGCAGCUUAUUUCAGAAACUUUCAUAAGGUAACUGAACUACACAACAUCAAAAAUAUAACCAGACUGCCUCGAGAGACAAAGAAGCAUGCAGUGGCAAUUAUCUUUCAUGACGAAACGUCAAAGACAUUUGCCUGUGAGUCAGAGCUGGAGGCGGAGGAGUGGUGCAAACACCUGUGCAUGGAGUGCCUGGGGACCCGGCUCAACGACAUCAGCCUCGGGGAGCCAGACCUGCUGGCGGCUGGGGUGCAGCGCGAGCAGAAUGAGCGAUUCAAUGUUUAUCUCAUGCCUACACCAAAUCUGGAUAUUUAUGGAGAAUGCACAAUGCAGAUCACCCAUGAGAAUAUCUAUCUCUGGGACAUCCACAACGCCAAGGUCAAACUGGUGAUGUGGCCUCUCAGCUCACUGAGGAGAUAUGGUCGGGACUCCACGUGGUUCACCUUUGAGUCGGGAAGAAUGUGUGACACAGGAGAAGGACUAUUCACUUUUCAAACAAGGGAAGGAGAAAUGAUCUAUCAGAAGGUCCAUUCUGCGACACUGGCCAUAGCUGAGCAACACGAAAGAUUAAUGCUAGAAAUGGAGCAGAAAGCCCGGCUUCAGACAAGCUUGACGGAACCAAUGACGUUAUCCAAAUCCAUCUCUCUUCCUCGUAGCGCAUACUGGCAUCACAUCACGCGUCAGAACAGCGUUGGAGAAAUCUACAGUUUGCAAGGUCAUGGCUUCGGUGCCUCCAAGAUGUCGCGUGCCCAGACGUUUCCCAGCUAUGCCCCUGAACAGAGCGAGGAGACCCAGCAGCCCUUGUCGCGGUCCAGCAGCUAUGGCUUCAGCUACAGCGCCAGCCUCAUCCAAUGACACCCAGCGGCCACGGUGACAGUCUGCCCUGGACCUGCCUGAGGGUCACUGCGCCCUCCGCCUCCUGGAAGACCACCUGCAGCACCAAUUGACGCGGGCCAGGUCUCGCCCAAUCCCACAGGAAGGUUAAAAACUGGAGUUCGCUUCCUUGAUUCAGCGGUUAAGUCCUUUAUUUAUUGAAUUUCUAUGGGGGAAUCUGUGUUUUACAAAAAUAGAAUCCAAAUCGUAUGAACAGUCAUUUAAGCAAAAUUCUUUGGGUCUGACAGUAGCAGAAGCCUGUUCACUGGGGGACAUCACCCGCACUGGGCUGUGCCUGGGAACGGGCCCUUCCAGUGCCUGAUUCAAUCCUCCUGUCUGAGCACAGGGUCUGUCCUUGGACAUAGCCAUGACCCACUCCGAGCUCUGUGACAGGGACAAAUCCAGUGAGCUCCACAAAUGGCAUCUUAACUCUAAGUUAACACAUAACUAAGACCAAUGACAAUUAAGGGAAGGUGAAAUUAGAGCACUCUCUCUUGAGCAGGGCCCUGUAGCUCGUGUGUGUGUGUGUGUGUGUGUGUGUGUGUGUGUGUGGUGUGUAGACAAAUAUAGAUAUGGAUAUCACUAUAUCCAUCUAUCUACUACAAGUAUAUAUCCAACAUGCUGAGGGUGACAGGAUAUGCUCACUUAAAUUGUUGAAAACUACAAUUCGUUGCAUUAAAACUCAGAUUGUUAUAUUGAAUAGCUAUUUCUAAAAUAGUGCUAUUUAAACACAGCUUCUCCUUAGCCACAGUCUUUAAGUAGUCCAGUCUUCUCCUGUGAGACAGGCAGGUAUAAAUGUGGAAGGGAACUGUUUUGGAAGCAGGAGAACCAGCCCAGCUGCCCCACCCCUCGCGGCGUCUCGCCGUCUGGUCCAUGUGGCCUUGCUGUUCUCGAUGUUUCUCCCCUCUGCUGUCCACCUGAGCCAUGCAAGGAAGAGUCGGUGUGAUCACUGACCAGCUUCCAUUUACCCUCAGAGGACCAAGGAGUCUCCACGUGAGAAACUGUUCGAGAAAGAAACAAAAACACUUAAAAAGAACUCAGCUGUUUUGUGGUCAAGAGUACAACAGGUCCUGGAUUGCAGAUACUGAGAUCUAAAAUUUUGUAGAUGACGAUCCACAGCCACUGGGGGCUUGUAACUUAUUGUGUGACCAGCACUGACUGGGCUUUGUUUUUUUCUUGGGCUGGACAAGGUUUGUCUGGGAUUAUAAGAGAAAGUGGAUCACAUAUAAAUGUUUAAGCCCUGCAUUAAACAGACAUGUAAGGUUUAAAGGAAAGUGGCGAUUUUUGUGUGAACUGAGGAAGUUUGGCUAAUUCAGAUCGACACUGGUAUAUCUGUCCUGAGUCUUAAAGUAAAAAGAGCAAUUAUUCUGCCCGAGUCAUCUGACGCCAUGUUUCUAAGAUGGUUAUCUCUCAAUGACUCCAGGGUGGGUUUAAAAAACUGGCAAGUCCCAUUAGGCAAGAUGAAAACUUGAUUAUUUUUCUUAAUAGUAAAAUAUGUUAAACUAUCGAGGUUUAUCAAUAUAGAAAGGGUACAUUUUUGCUAAUCUCUGCUAGAAUCUUUUUUAUCCCUAAACAUAGCUUAAGAGCUGAUUGGCAAUUCAUUUCGAUGAAUCACUACUGAGUAAAAAUGGUCUUCAUUCCUCCUUGAUAAAUGUGCACUUAAGCAACUACCUAGCUUCUGAAUCAGUCACUAGGUAUGAAAACCCCAUCAAGAUGCUAAUCAUAAGAGUUAAUGUGGCUGCAAAAAAUAAUUGCAUUACGCUUUCAGGGAGAGAACAAUAUUACCCAAACACCCCGCACUGCAAAUUUUGCUGAUACAGCAGAGGAGCAGAUGACCUGUUUCUUUCAAGGAUACAGCCUUCCUGAAAUUCCAGCCUUCGGGGUUAACAUUUCUGAAUUUCUUUAGCACAUGGCAUUUGCCUUAGAAAUGCCGGUUGGUCAAAUCCACCAGAGCAGCUCCCAGCUGAGACCACUUCAGCACAGUUCCUAGUGCGGCCAACACACAGGGGCUCUGGCCGGCUCACUCAGUCGAGCUGUUGCUCAGACAACCACAAGUUUCUACAAGGGACUUAUGGGGAAAGGCCCUCAGGGGUCGUCGUUCAUGUCUCAGCUUUAUUAAUGUGCCAGAAGCACAGACAGCGAGUCCAGGGGGAUUCUGCUAAUUACACGAGCCUGCUCUUGUGUCUCUUUGGUGGGAGACAAACAUCGGCAUGAAGUUCCUUCAGGAACACAGUUUGGUUCUGAUCGUUGCCAGUAAGUGUUAAGUAAAAGGCACCAAGGAUCAGGCGCAACCUUGGGCCAUUUUUUUCUGAAAAUAAUGUCACCAAAAGAGUAUGUGAAAGAGAAAUUGGCUUCCCAAAUCUUUAGCACAAUCUCAUCACAAUGAGAAUAAUGCUAUAAAAUUCCUCACAAUACCUUUUUAGAGCUUUAUUCUAACAUCCUCCUCAAAGUAUAUUUACAAUUACAGUGAAGUCAAAAUGGCUAUGGAGAGAGAGAAUUUACAGUAACCGAAUACACUUGAUGUAAGGCACUGUCGUUGAAAUAAAAAUGACAAGCCGAUAAAUCAUCUACAAAACCAAAGAUGGCAAGAUGCUUGUACUGGUCUCUUGGACUUUCAUAGAAUCAGUUCCACUGGAGUGACAGAAUGCCCGUGGACUUGUGCUCAAUUCCACUGAGCUCAUACAUUUGUGAUUGAAGAUGCCACUGAACUUUUCAAGGUCUUUCUUUAUAUAUGUAUAUCUUUAAUAUACAUGCGGCUUUUUGUUACAAGAGAGGGAUUGCUAUGAACCAAAGACAUCUUUGGGCUCCUUCUGAAAGUGACUCAGUUGGGGUUUCUCCCAGAUCUGUACAGAUGAGUGAAGCUGGCGCCAUUUUUACACCUGGUUGGAAAAGACCAAUGAUGAAGGAAUUCAGGGUACAUAGUGAAGUCUCUUCUAAUGGCAGAGAAAGACUAGAAGCAUACCUGCACAGUUCACAGAAGGAUUAGAUGAGGGGAUUUGUUUUUAUGUUCCUAGUUUUUUUUUUUCCUUCUGAUUAUAAAGUACACAUGGCCAACACAUGACAUUCUAUUUAAAAUGCAGACUAGAACAAAAUGACCUUGACCCAAUGGCUCAUUAUUCUGGGGAAAGGGGAGAAUAAAACAGAUCUCUCACUUACUUAUUGAACAAACGAUAGGCACUCAGAGCUAAUUUAUUUAUGCAGGUUGGAAAUAUUUAUGAAUCAAUGUUUUGACCACUGCUACAAUUUGAAUUUGACAAAAUACGAAAUAUAUAUUUACUAUAUAUUAGGGAAGAUGCUGUUUGAUAGAGCAUGUAAAAUAAAGUGAAAUCUAUUUAUUAAAACUAAGCCACACCUCUUUCACCAAACAGUAUCUAAAGUACUAGUCCUGGUAUCUUGUAUAAUUCUUCUGUGUCUUCAUCAGGCAAUUAUGUUUGAAAAUCAUUUAUCACCAAUAAAAUGGCCAGUCACUUAUAUCUUCUGUCCAACAUAGACACAAUGGACUGAUAAACAACUUAACACUGUUAGUAGUGCUUUCUACUGAUCCAGUUUAUCGCAUGUGGUAUCUUUAUAGUAGAUAUUAAAAAUCUUUCAUAAAGGUUGACGUCUAGCCCCAGUCUUUGGUCAAUACCUCAGAAAACUUUGUAAAAAAGCAUGAGUACCUUACUCCCUUGAUUAUUGGAACCUUUACAAAAGCCAGCCUUUAUUGCUAUAGUGAAAACAAGCUACAGUGAUUAUAUUCUUAUAACAAAGUAUAGUCCAGAUUUGACCAUCAUAACAGCACAAUCAGCAGGCAAUAUUCAAUGGGGGUGAGCUUUAGGCCUUGUAAUGCUUCAUGUUUCACACAAAAGAAUUACAUUAAAAACUGUCCAAAGUGAAGAUUAUGCAUUUUCCCCAAUUCUACUAACAUGUCUAUCAGUAUCUUGGAAUUUCUAAUUACUUUAUCAAUCAUUAAUUAAAUAAGUUCUGGAACACCACCUUCUCAAAAAUAAGUAAAAAUUUGCCUCUGGGUAUGCAUUAGUAGUUAUGACAAUGGGUGAUAUGCCACACAAGUGAAUUUUUAGCCUAUGAAAUUUAUAAAGAAUGUAUCUGCAGGCUAUGAAACUUCCUGUGGAAGGAAUAGUGAGGGUGGUCACUAUUCAGGAGGACAAUUUUGGUAAAACAAAACAAUUUUGGUAAGACAAAACAAUAAAGAAUCCAUUGAAAUGUCCAGAGUAACACUUGGACCCUACUUUCCUAGCAUUCUGACCUAGCUUCAUGUCAUGGUGUGGCCUUCUUUUCUAGUGUCAUCUGCUGCUAAGUGGGCUGCUUAAAGAGACAUGGCUGCUGCAUUACACCUUGACCACAGGGAGGUGGUCAAGCAGUUUGUCAACCAAUAUGCCUCUUUCCAUUUGUGAAAAAAAAAUUAACACAAAAGAAUGGGUCCCCAUGGAAAAACUUCUCCAUGGACAACCUCAUUGGGUAGUUUGUGAAGAUACAUUAUCAGUGAGCCUGGUGAGAGUCUAAACAUGUGGGAAGACAUCAGCAACCUCAUGGGCGCAAUCUUCAUAAACAUACUCAAGAUUACCCACCUUUAAAUCUGUGGAACUGGGCAAAUCCUACUUUAUCAAUUAAGACUAUGAACCUUGUACCAUUUGUACAAUCAUUCUGAAAGAAGAAGUUUUACAUAGUGUAUAGACACUCGUGGAAGUAUCAUGAGAUACUGGACACAUUUUUGAAACAGGUGGAAUGUUAGCCAGCUCUUAAGGCCAUCUUAAAGGUCAUGUAGCAUAAAGGUCUCAUUUUAUGUUUCCCUCAAGAGAGAGUUGAAACCCAUAAUUUGUUCAAUGGCAAAAAAUUAAACAACCUAGUUUCAAGCUCCAGGUCCAGGAAGGUUUCCUCGGCCCCAGCUUGUCUCCCAUUUAGACAUAGUGGGAGCUGAGAAAUGCCACGUGGUCUCAUAAUAACUAAGCCUUGUCCUUUUAACUCUUUGAGUUGUUCUUGUUCUUUUUGAACAUACUACCAGCUAUAUCCCUAAAGAGAAUUUCUGGAACAUUACGUUAAGCUUGUAGGUUGUUAAUGACUGGCAUAAGCUUUAUUACUUUCAAAUUGUUAUCCAGUUAUUUAUUUAAAAUUCAAACUUAUUUUUUGCAGAUCAAUAUAUGAUAUUUUGGUGCAUACUAAUUAUACAAAAUUAUGGGUUUCACUGUGGCAUAUUAGUAAAUAUAUAAAAAUAUAAUUUGAUCAGCUUCACUCCUCAAUACCUCCUACACCCUUUUGUGACCUCCUUUCUUGUCUCUCUUCUGCUUUAUCCUAUAGUAAAUAGUUUAACUAAAAAAAAUAAAUAAAUAGGAGUGUGUAUUUCUCAGUCCUACGAAUUCUUCAUAUUUUAAUUAUGAUUAUUAUUUGCCAUAUUUAUCCCUCCACAGCACUUUAGGAUGUCAGUAUUUAUGACAUUUAUCGUAAUUUUGUUAGACAAUUGAUGAAUCAGGGUUACAUUUUUUCAUGAGAACUUCAAAAUCUUCCAUUCUCAAAAGAAGUUUGAAAGAUGAAUUUUUUUUACAAAUACCUUACACACAAAAAAUUACCUUACACAUCAAAUUUUCCUUAUAAACUUCAAUAAGCAGUUAUUUAAAUUAACUGAAGUUUGUAUAAAUAAGAACUAUGUUAAAAUUAGUUUACUUACUAAAUAACAUGAAAACAUUUAAUUUGUAAUUUUCAGACAUUUUCCCCUGAUUUAAGGUUUUAAUAUCCUGUAAAUACUUGAUGGAGAGGAAAAAAUUCAUUUAUUAUAGAAAUAUUCCUUCUAAUAAUUCCAUUUACAUACUAAAGAUUUCUUUUAAUGUAUCUUCUAUGUUUAUUUCCCAAGUCUGUAUUCCACAGGAGAAUAACUGGAUAUAAGCUUUUUAAUAAUUAUUUGGGGCCCAAUUUUAGUAGCUAAUACAAUUAACUUCCUUUCUGUUUCCCACCUAUGGUAUGAUGAGGGACUGAGCAUGAAACCCACCCUUUCUGUAGAUGCAGAACCUUGCACCCAGCAGAGCAGGGCGGCUUGCGGCAUUCUGCAGGGUGCCAUCCUUGGAACUUAAUCCUAAUUCCCCCCAGAGACCCACGGUCUCAAAAGCAUUGCUUCUUACCACACAGCUGAAGUUUAAAAACCUGAAUUCAGGCAAAGAAGAAGAUUGAGAUAUGACUUAAUCUUUCAAAGUCCCUGUAGAAUUUCUCUCUAAGAAAACACCUUGAGAGGGUUUCUAUGGUGGUUCCCAACCAUUGACUCUUCGACAGAGGUGCUGAAAAGGGAGUAAAAGGAAGAACUAAAAGAUAGGAGUGCCCUUGAGAGUAAAUACGAAUCAGAAACAGAUAAUACAGGGCAAUAUGAAAUAGUAAUUCAGGGAUUCAAAUUCAGAUUCACAAAUCUAUUGCGUAGUUCAAGAAACAAUGCUUAACACUUGCCAAAAGUGUGUGU